AAAUUCAAAUUUCAAACAUUAAAAAAAUCAAAAUCCUUUUUCGUAACCGUCACAAUGAGAGAAAUCGUUCAUAUUCAAGGAGGACAAUGUGGUAAUCAAAUUGGUGCCAAAUUCUGGGAAGUCAUUUCAGACGAACAUGGUAUUGACCCAACAGGAACAUAUCACGGAGAUUCUGAUCUUCAAUUGGAAAGAAUCAACGUUUACUAUAACGAAGCAACAGGAGGAAGAUAUGUCCCAAGAGCUAUUCUUAUGGAUUUGGAACCAGGAACUAUGGACUCUGUCAGAGCUGGACCAUUCGGACAAUUAUUCAGACCAGAUAACUUUGUUUUCGGACAAACAGGAGCUGGUAACAACUGGGCCAAGGGUCACUAUACCGAAGGUGCAGAAUUGAUCGACUCAGUCUUGGAUGUAGUUAGAAAGGAAGCUGAAGGAUGUGAUUGUUUAUAAGGAUUCUAAAUCACUCACUCAUUGGGAGGAGGUACCGGAUCAGGAAUGGGAACCUUGUUGAUCUCAAAGGUCAGAGAGGAAUAUCCAGACAGAAUCAUGGAAACAUUCUCAGUCGUCCCAUCACCAAAAGUGUCUGACACAGUCGUUGAACCAUACAACGCCACCCUCUCAGUCCAUUAAUUGGUCGAGAAUGCCGAUGAAUGCAUGGUCAUUGAUAAUGAAGCCUUGUAUGAUAUCUGUUUCAGAACAUUGAAAUUGACAACCCCAACCUAUGGUGACUUGAAUCACUUGGUCUCAGCUGCUAUGUCAGGAGUUACAUGCUGUCUCAGAUUCCCAGGUCAAUUGAACUCUGACUUGAGAAAAUUGGCAGUCAACUUGAUUCCAUUCCCAAGACUCCAUUUCUUCAUGAUUGGUUUCGCCCCACUCACAUCAAGAGGAUCAUAACAAUACAGAGCUCUUACAGUCCCUGAAUUGACCUAAUAAAUGUUUGAUGCCAAGAACAUGAUGUGUGCUGCUGAUCCAAGACACGGAAGAUAUUUGACAGCAUCAGCUCUCUUCAGAGGAAGAAUGUCAACCAAGGAAGUCGACGAAUAAAUGCUUAACGUUUAAAACAAGAACUCAUCUUACUUCGUUGAAUGGAUUCCCAACAACAUCAAAUCAUCCAUCUGUGAUAUCCCACCAAAGGGUUUGAAGAUGGCUGUUACCUUUGUUGGUAACUCCACUGCCAUCUAAGAAAUGUUCAAGAGAGUCGCUGAACAAUUCACUGCCAUGUUUAGAAGAAAGGCCUUCUUACAUUGGUACACUGGUGAAGGUAUGGACGAAAUGGAAUUCACUGAAGCUGAAUCCAACAUGAACGACUUAGUCUCUGAAUAUCAAUAAUAUCAAGAUGCCACUGCUGAAGAAGAGGGAGAAUUUGAAGAAGAAGGAGAAUAAUGAUAAUCUAAGUGAUAUUUAUCACAACAUAUAUAAAAUCAACAACAACCAUUCAUUUUUUAUUCUU